UCUACACAACGGCUCUCCCCGUCAAGCCUGCCCCCGGUGCUGAACACGUCCUCUUGUUCCCUUUUUUUAUCACUCAAUCACUUUGCGGCAUCAGGGAAAAGGCCCUGAGAGGGUCAGAGAAAAGCAAAGAACCAAGAAAACCAAGUGUACGCGGGAAAGAAAGUAACAGAAGAGAAGAGAAGAGAAGAAAAAGAUUUUCCACAGAACACCAAUCUCAUAUCUUCAAAGAGGGAGACUGGCCUGUUCCUGUGACGCUGGGAGGAUUGCCGUAAGAAACAUAAUUGGUUCAAAAGAAGAUGGUAUUAACACGUCAGGCAAGACCAACCCCGUCCGACGACAGCUUCCCAACCAUCCAGCUAUUCCUCCUAGCAAUAUGUCGUGUCGCGGAGCCGAUAGCCUUGACCUCCAUCUUCCCGUACUCAUGGGUGAUGGUCAAGGACUUCCACAUGGGUGAUCCCAGUGAUGCCUCCUUUUACGCCGGAAUCCUCGUCGCCGCCUUCUCUGCAGCAGAAGCCCUCACGGGCAUGUUCUGGGGUGGCCUCUCCGAUCGAGUCGGUCGAAAGCCCGUCUUACUGUUCGGCUGCGUCGGCACGAUGAUCUCUCUCCUGGUCGUUGGAUUCUCGAAGAACUUCGCGAUGGCCCUGACCGGAAGGAUUGUCGGAGGCCUCCUCAAUGGCAAUAUUGGUGUCAUCCAGACCAUGGUGGGCGAACUGGUCAAGCGACCGGAGCACGAGCCUCGAGCCUACGCCGUGAUGCCGUUUGUCUGGUCAAUAGGAACAAUCAUUGGGCCUGCGAUUGGAGGUCUGCUGGCCAAACCCGCUGAAGGUUUCCCCUCUGUCUUCUCCCCGGAUGGCUUGUUCGGAGAGUUCCCUUUCCUACUCCCCAACCUGGUCUGUUCUGUUCUCCUUCUGCUCAGUAUCAUAGGAGGCCUUUUGUUCCUGCAAGAAACUCACCCGGACAUGCAGCCUUGGAGCAUUCCUGAAGAGUUAGACAAAUCCACCGCCGAAACGCCCUUGCUACCUCCCUAUGGGGCGACUGCAAAUGCGAGCGCCGACCUGCGAGCGGAGUCGUACGGAACAUUCAACCAGGUCGAUAUGCACGAGGAUGAGCAGUGGCAGGUUCGGGCUGAUGGCCCGAUGACCCCCACCUCUCCUUCGCCCAAGGUCAAGGUCUUUUCCGGACGAGUCGCCAUGCUCGUGGUCGCCCUGGGUAUCUUCACGUACCACUCCAUGACCUAUGACCACCUCCUCCCGAUUUUCCUCCAGGACGAAAAUCCUCUCAACGUGUCCGCUAUCAGCCGCUCUUUUCUCAGCAUUCCCGGUGGCGUUGGCCUUUCUACACGGACUGUCGGGCUCAUCAUGUCCGUCGACGGUGUAAUUGCGCUCGUGAUCCAGAGUCUGGUCUUCCCUCCGCUGGCGGAGCGACUAGGUGUGUGGAAAACGUUUGUUUUCGUUACCGUCAUGCACCCGAUCGCCUACUUUAUCGUCCCGUUCCUCGUUUUCCUUCCGCAGGACCUUCUCUUCCCUGGCAUCUAUACCUGCCUAAUCAUUCGCAACUUCCUGUCCAUUAUCGCUUAUCCGCUGUUGUUGAUCCUUAUCAAACAAGCGAGCCCUUCUCCCUCUGUUCUCGGUCGGAUCAAUGGGCUGGCGGCAUCGGCCGGGGCGGCUUGUCGCAUGAUCGCACCUCCGAUUGCUGGUUUCCUCUACAGUGCUGGUACUGAGAUAGGUCUCACUGCCAUUGCUUGGUGGGCAAGCUCGCUGGUCGCUCUGAUCGGUGCGUUCCAGCUCUGGUUCAUCGAGCGGAAGAAGCAUGUCACAGUUACGGUGACCGCCGCAACCCCCUGCCUGGCUGCAGCCACUCGCUCUUCCGUUGAGGCCCAGUCUCAGAAGGAUAUUGUUCACAUUAUGGUCUCAGAGCGCGUCAGGAGUGAUUCGGAGGCUUCUUCGACCAACGAAGUCUAAGUCCUUAACUUAAGACAGUGCCAAGAAUCUUGCUCACGAGCUCUACCGCUGGGACUGCGUGUGAAAAACCUUGUGACAUA